AUGGCCCAUGUGGCCUCGGCUGCAAUAGAUUCCGAUCUGCUCAUAGCAACCAUUGAUGAAUUCUAUACAACCACUAAUGAGCAGAGGAGGCAUGAUAUCGAUAAAAUUUUAUGUAGAUUCAAGAGUGGUACGGUUGAGUUGUUACAAAUCAUAUUGUUGUUUUUAAAAAUUACUUUAGAGUAUGAAUGUGUCCAAACUGUGGGUGCAUGUAUGAGAAUCAUCAAUCAGGAAAAAUGUUCACCGAAUGUUAGAUACUUCGGAGCGGUGGCCCUCUACGAUGUGAUCAAAGUUCGAAGCGAAGAAUGUGUUGUCAAUCAGACACUGCAAAUGAGUGUUAAAACGUUUCUUAUCGACAGUCUCACAUCUGGAGCCUACGUCCAAUCGACAUCGAUUCUUAAUAAACUCUCCGCUGCACUCGCCCUCUUCUCGCUUUACUGUAUUCCGGAAGUAUGGAUGACUCCGGUUGAAGAUCUCACGCAAUUGCUAGCAACAACUCCUGAAAUCCUAUUAAAAGUACUCUCUGAUAUGGCUGCAGAAUUCGCUCAUGUCGUCAUGCCACUCGCCCAACGUAGUAGGUUAAAAGCAGAGCUGCACAAGUUCUCCGAGAAUAUUAUUCAAAUAUUGGCUGUCGUACUUCGAGGAGGAGACACAUCAUCGAUCACCAAGCAAGCCGCCGUUGAAUGUGUUGAGCAAUGGCUCCGACUUCCAGGAAUUUGUUUAGAUGCUUGGACACAAGUGCUAUCGGAUGUUCUGGGCGCCGUAGUUCAGGACUGCACUGCUUUAGCAAGCAUUCUUGAUAUAAUUGCUGAAAAUGAUGAAUUUCAUCGUCAUUCCAUGCUCAUCAUUAACAUUUGCCAGUACAUUUGUGUGAAUGUUUCGCAAAAAAUUGAAGACGAACUUCGCGAGGAUGCGACCAGUGAAGAAAUCACAGCUCUAGUGGCAGCCACGUGUCUUGUUGCUGAGAAGUCGAUACCUACUUUAGUGGAGUGUGCUGUCCAAGGAGGAAAUUCUGAACUUGUGAUCCAGAUGUCUCGAGUAAUGCAAGUUCUGGCAAAUUUACAAGGACAGUAUCCACUUGAUGAAAUGGUAUCCGAUCUUCCUUCAAGUUAUUUUAUUUCCCUGAGAUGUGAGGUAAUGCAAACAUCAAGUUCUGGUAGCACUAUCAACGAUCAAUUACGAAACGAAUUUUCCCAAAUUUAUGCGGAGAUUCUGGAUGUUGCAAUUAGGAAACUGAGGUAUCCAUCGAUGGAGAUAUGGUUGUCAUGGUCAUUGUAUGAUAGAGAAAUAUUCGACGCAUAUCGGAAGACGAGAAGCGACGCAUCCUACGACUCUUACAAUUUUUCUGCUAUAGACACACUCAAUUACUUGAAUCAGAAACUGGAAGAAGCAACGAAUAAUGGAGAUGUGAAUACAAGUGAAGCGUGUCUAUUUCAAUGGGAAUGUGUUGCCAAUUAUCUUGGUGAAUCAGACUACACUCCAAUUUUGAAGUGCCUUGAACUUUGUGCAUCUUCUAGUUUCUCUGCGUCGACGUCUUCUCCUACACUCGGUUUAGAUUCCGAUCGUCGUGGAGGCACCCUGAUGGGAGUUCUUUAUGCGCUAUCAUAUCUAAUUCAAGAGCACGAACAAGCGAAAGAGUUAGAGUGUGCAUUAAUUCCAGUUAUUCUUUCUUAUGUGUCACCAAAUGUUCCGAGUGUCAGGCAAGCUAUCGAGACGCUUCAGAAAUUCACAGAAGAUCGAUCUGAAAGCUUAGAUAUUGUUGGCGAUCAAGUUUCUACAAGAUGCUACGAAUUUUUCAAUGCUCCAUCGGCUAGUGAUUCCGAUCGACUGGCAGCCCUUAAAUGCAUCGGAUAUGUUCUAUCCAGAAAACCACCAUCAGAAACAAUGAAAAUAAUUGGACAGAUUCUAAGUUACCAAAACAUUAAUGAAGCGGGAAUCGACGAGAAGAUUCGUCAUAGGAGAUACGCAUUCCAAAUUAAUAUAUUUUCCACGCUGUUCGCGAGUCUCUCUAGUAGAAAAGAAAUAGAAUCCACUGAAGAAGAACCAACAAUUGUCCAAUUACUGAAAGAGGCGAUUCCAGUCUUCGAAGCAUUGUGCUGUGGUGAUGAAAAUGGAUUGAAUAAAAAGAAUAGCGGAAGUCUAAUUCAAGAAGUUUGCAAAGCAGUUCGAUCGGCACUCACAUCUCUUCCCGAACGCUACAUUGCCUCGUUCUUUCCAUUUGUUGUCUCUCUGGUAAACACGGCAUUGUUCGUUUCGGAAUCAGUUGUGGCAGCCUGUGGUCUUGCCAAGUCUACUGUUUUGCAAUGUGGGUCUCUGGUUGGUGCUGAUAUGGCGAAUGCAUUUUCCCAUUGGGUCAAAACAGCGGAACAACAUAUGGAAUCAUCACAAUUAGAUGAAUACCUCCAGUUGAUUCAUCAAGUCGUGAAAAAGAAUUGGAAGAUGAUUCGGAAGUUUGAAGACCCAUCAAUGUUUGCAUUCCUCUCAGCUACCAAAAUUUGUAGUUUUAUAAUUAUCAACUCUUCCGUCCCCACCGAAGUUCGAAGUGCUUCUCAGGUUCUCGCUGCCCUUUCGACUUAUGCCACUUCUCACGAUGACGCUGCAAUGAAAACAGUGUUUGCAGAGAACGGACCCACUUUACUUCGAGCUGUGUUCGGAAGGAUUCAGGGUGAAUUGAUGAGACCAACCGUGGAAGCAUUGGCGGAUAUCCUUUAUUUUUACUUCAAGGAGUUUACCACUGAAACUCGAGCUCUCAUCAGUGCGGAACCAUACGGAUCGUCUGCUCUGAUCACAGCAAUGUUCCGAGAAAUUGGUAACCUGCGUAAUUUCAAGCAACAAACAAUUCGAUUCAACUUGGCAGCCGUUCGUGAUCCAGGAUCAAUCUAG